CCUCUUAAAGCCUAAGGUACUCCUCGUUACGGCUGCAGACAGAUAAACAGCAGGGCAGAGUGAGGCUGGAGACAGGUCUCAGAGAGGGAGCGCGUAGCAGAGUGAGAGUUAGACGAUAAGCAGUCCUGUGCUCACCUUUGCUGGACGGGCUGCCUCCCCACUCCACUACCUGAGGCUCGCAUACACGCACAGACCCGGGGAGGUGCUUUCGUGGGAGGCUUAGCAGGUCUGCAGGAGAGAAGGGAAUUAAACACUUUUGUUUUAAACCCACAGCGUCCAUACUCAGGACAGAAAGAGGGAUUACUGCCUGUUCGACUGCCCCACUUGAUCCUCUCCUCACUCUGCAUUUUGUCGUCACUGAGUCACUUUGGAGACUUUGGAUACAACCUUCUUCAAUCGUUGGUUUGGGCUCAGAAAGGCAUGGCGCACGGACAAAAGAGCCCCAGGUGGGCAUUGACCCAGGGCUCCUUCAGCUCGGCCCCCGGCUUGUCGCUCUUCCCCCUCCUCCUCCUCCUCCUCUUCCUCACCGCCUCGGCCGCAGACGAGUACGACUACUACAGCUGGCAGUCGGACAACUUCCACAACGGCCGCUUCUACACCAAGCAGCCGCAGUGUGUGGACAUACCAGCUGACCUGCGCCUGUGCCACAAUGUGGGCUACAAAAAGAUGAGGCUGCCCAACCUCCUGGACCACGAAACGAUGCCAGAGGUCAAGCAGCAGGCAGGCAGCUGGGUGCCUCUCCUGGCCAAGCGGUGCCACGCCGACACCCAGGUCUUCCUGUGCUCGCUGUUCGCACCGGUGUGCCUGGACAGGCCCAUCUAUCCCUGCCGCUCGCUGUGCGAGGCCGUGAGGGACAGCUGCGCUCCGGUGAUGGAGACCUAUGGCUUCCCGUGGCCGGAGAUGCUGACCUGUGAUAAGUUUCCGAUUGACAAUGACCUCUGCAUCCCCAUGCAGUUCACCGGGAACCAGGCGACCCAGCCACCAGUGUCAAAGGUGUGCCCUCCGUGUGACAAUGAGCUGAAAGCAGACAACAUAAUGGAGCAUUACUGCGCCAGUGACUUUGCUCUCAAGAUGAAAAUCAAGGAGGUGAAGAAGGAGAAGGGAGACCGCAAGCUGAUCGCAGCCCAGAAGAAGAAGAAGGUGUUGAAGCAAGGUGUGCUGAGGAAGAAGGACCUGAAGAAACUGACCCUGUACAUCAAGAACGGCGCCAACUGCCCGUGUGCCCAGCUCGACAGCCUGGGCUCCAACUUCCUCAUCAUGGGCCGCAAAGUGGACCAGCAGCUGCUGCUCAUGUCUAUUCACAAGUGGGACAAGAAGAGCAAGGAGCUCAAGUUUGCCAUCAAGUACAUGAAGUCCCACCAGUGCCCCACCUACCACACCGUCUUCCAGUGACGGAGCCCGUGGCGCCGUCUGCACGAUCCCGUCAUUCUACACUGUUCCACGUAGAUCCAAAUUCUGUGUCCCCGAACCCCGCGUCCCUGCAACAUAUUUUACCAGCAGUCCUAAGUGGGGUAGCAGGGAAGCAGGACUUGUAUUUUUUCAGCUUUAACAUGAAUCAAGUUGUCGAGGGAGGGGGGAAGGGGGGGGGCGUCCUGAUCUGAGAUGAAUCAGACAUGUUAAUGUUGGACGGGGAGCAACGCUGCGAACACACACGGCAGCUCCCUCCUGACAACAAAAGCCCAGAAGAAACCACAAAAAAAUGAUAAUAAAAACAGAACAUUUUGAUUUACCCCUAAAAUUCAUUAAUAAAACCUUUAAUACAUUUACUUUUCUCUGAUAGAGUAAAACAAAUCACUUUUGUCUUACAGAAACCUCGUCAAGGCAGUGGCAUUAAAAAAUGGAAAUCUAAAGAUUUGAGGUAAAGGUGUUUGAUAAAUGAAUGAUUCUAGGGGAGGGGGCUGAGUGGGAAAGCAGGCUUUGAUUCAGCUGUGACACGCAGCAGUAAAUGUGGUCGGUGCAAUUAUCGCCCAGGAAAAAACAUCAAAGCAAAGACAUGUAGAUGAUCCACUUCAAUGUAUGUUUUAUAAUGUAAAAAGUAGGUGAUUGAGAUGAAUACUAGAUGAUUAGGGAGCUGGUCUUUUUUCUUGUAUCCCUGCUGGGAGAGAAGACCGAUGGGAGGCGACGGACUGGAGGAGUGGAUGAUGCUUAUACUGACUUUGUACAGCAAGAUUUUUUGUUGCCUGAAAGAGGGACGUUGGAUAUUUUUUGCGUUUUCAAUUUGAGAGCAAAUCAGCUAAAGGCAGAGAAGACAUCUUCCCGAAAAACCAGUGAAAGAAAAAGAGAAAGAGACUCUGGACAGAACCAACCAUGUUGGAUUGAAGUAUCUGGUACUUGAGUUUUUCACUAUCACUCUUCAAAUGUUUAUUUCAAUUUUUAUUUUGCUUCAAUUAAACUUAUAUUGUAUGAGAACAGGAAUCACACAUUCAGAUAUAGCACCUAAAUUCACUGUUGCCGUAAAAGAUGAAGAUUUAACUUUGACAAUAUUUUCUAAUCAGUUAACAUGUAAGUACUCUAGUUAUUUUACUGAAAUACAUCUUUGUUUUACAAAAAAAUAAAUUGAAUAAAAUAUAUUUGAAAUUUUUAUAAAGAAUCUUUCUU